GCAUUGUGAGCAGCAUUUUUGAGACAUUGCGCAUGCGCGGCUCUGAAAGCUGCGUCAGUCUUUCCGCAGUUAAAUCUACGUGGCUUUAAGCAUAGCCGAGUCAGUUUAUACAGAAAGCUGAACCAUUUCGUCUUCAUCUUUUGAUUUGUUAACACAGUCCAGAAUGGAUCAGGUUAUGCAGUUCGUGGAGCCCAGCAGGCAGUUCGUCAAGGACUCCAUCAGACUGGUCAAAAGAUGCACAAAACCAGACAGAAAAGAAUUCCAGAAGAUUGCUAUGGCCACAGCAAUUGGGUUUGCCAUCAUGGGCUUCAUUGGAUUCUUCGUCAAACUCAUCCACAUCCCCAUCAACAAUAUCAUUGUUGGUGGCUAAGUUGUGAACCCAUACGGACCCUUGACUGCCUGGAACGAUGUUUGAUAAUGGAUUAAAUGCGAACAUUUGUACAAAUAUUGUUUUUUUUUUUGUGUAUUGACAUUUCUAUUUGGCUGUGUUAAUAAAUCAAAGGUUACACUA